AUGUCGAACAGCAAUCUUUGGGGCUCUGUGAGUUCGCUCGCAGGCAACCUGAUGUCUAAAUUCGGAAAUAAUGUCAGCAAGGGCAUGACCACAGCCGUUGCUGCUGUAUCGGAUACAGUGGGCUCGAUCAGCGAGGAGAUCUUUAACGAUGGAGAGGAGCACUAUUUUGAGGAGGAUCGUUCCGUAUGUUGUGUGUUUUGCGGAUUAUGUGAAUAGGAGCAGGAA